CGGACGACUCGUGCGAACCACCCCGCGGCACGACCCUCCUCCCGGCUGUCUCUCGUCCUUUUCCCCGUCCGCCUCCCAUCCCCCGAGGCCCUCGCAUGUUGGCAUCUGUCCAUUCCCGCUAGAGACGUAUAUUACAGCACCCAUAAUCACCCCCGGUCGCCGCAGUAAUCAUGAAAAUCAGCCAGAAAAUCGCCCAGGCCGAGAAGGAGGAUCGCAUCUGGUGGUCCUUUGAGUACUUUCCCCCGCGGACGGCGCAGGGUCUCCAAAACUUGCUCGAUCGUAUAGAGCGCAUGCGAGCGCUUGGUCCGGAGUUCAUAGACAUUACAUGGAACGCUGGCGGGCGGACGUCCGACCUCACGUCAGAGCUCGUCAAGACAUGUCAGAAGCUCAUCGGCGUCGAGACAUGCAUGCACCUCACAUGCACCAACAUGCCCAAGGAGAAGGUGGACAUCGCUCUCGAGGACGCGAAAGCGCACGGCUGCCGGAAUAUCCUCGCGCUGCGGGGCGACCCGCCGAUGGGGAAGGACGAGUGGGAGGCGGUCGAGGGCGGGUUCGUGCACGGGAUCGACCUCGUGCGACACAUGCGCGCGCACUACGGCGACUACUUCGACAUCGCCAUCGCGGGCUUCCCGCAGCAUAUCCAGCUCCCGCCCGCGGAGCUCGCGCUCGAGAUGCAGUACCUCAAGGAGAAGGUCGACGCAGGCGCGGAAUUCAUCUUCACGCAGAUGUUCUAUGACGUCGAGAUGUUCAUCGCGUGGGUCAAGGCCGUCCGCGCGGCGGGCAUCACCGUCCCGAUCGUGCCCGGCAUUGCGCCGAUCCAGACGUGGAACGGAUUCAUCAAGAGCACGAGCCUGUCGCGGACGGAGAUCCCCAAGAAGCUGCUGGACGCGUUGGAGCCGUACAAGAGCAACGACGAGAAAGUCAGGGAGAUCGGUACGAAGCUCGUCGCGGAUAUGUGCAGGCGGAUACUGUCCGAGCCUCUGGGCAUCAAGGGUGUGCACUUCUACACUAUGAACCUCGAGAAGGGCACGCGCAUGCUGCUCGAGGAGCUCAACCUCGUCCCGCGUAUCCAGACCAUCAAGCCACUGCCUUGGAGACAGUCUCUUACUCCCAACAGGCGCACGGAGACCAUCCGACCUAUCUUCUGGGCGAACCGCACGAAGUCCUACUUGUCGCGCACGGAGAACUGGGACGAGUACCCGAACGGUCGGUUUGGCGACUCUCGCAGUCCAGCGUAUGGUGAACUCGACGGCUACGGUAUCUGGAUCAAGCAGUCGAAAGAGGAGGCGCUCCAGCUCUGGGAUCACCCGACGACGGUCAUCGAGCUGGGCAAACUCUUCGGCAAGUUUUGUGUGGGCCAGCUCGCGGCGCUGCCGUGGUCGGACCAGGCGCCGUCAUCUGAGACGAGCGUCAUCGCGACGCAGCUCGCAAAGCUGAACGAGAUGGGCUUCCUUACCAUCAACUCGCAGCCCGCAGUCGACGGCGCGCGGAGCGACGACCGCGUUCACGGAUGGGGCCCGUCAAACGGGUACGUCUACCAGAAGGCGUACCUGGAGUUCUUCGUGUCGCCGGAGCUGCUGGACGCGCUCCUGCCGCACAUUGAGCGCGACGUGAACAUCACGUACUAUGUCAUCAACAAGCGCGGCGACCUGCGGACGAACACGCAUUCGGACGGGCCCAACGCGGUGACGUGGGGCGUCUUCCCGAACAAGGAGAUCGUCCAGCCGACGAUCGUCGAGGCCAUCAGCUUCAUGGCGUGGAAGGACGAGGCGUACGAGCUCGGCCGGCAGUGGGCGAAGUACUACGAGCCCAGCUCGCCGUCGCGCGCGCUGAUCGACAAUGUCAUGGACACAUACUUCCUCGUCAACGUCGUGCACAACGACUACAAGCGGCCCGAGGCGAUCUUCGAGUCGUUCUUCAAGGCGGGCGCCGAGUUUGCGACCGCGCACGGCGCCGCGCCGUCUGUCCUCAACGGACACUGACCUCCCCUCAUCCCUCACCACUCGAACGCCCGCCACCCCCCUCUACCAGACUGAUCUGACUACCUGACGAACAUGAACAAUCCUAGGUUGGACUGCCUAUUUGUUUCCAGCACUCUCCACCGGGUUCAACCCCCGCUCCUUCCAGUCGAACGCCGCCGCCGCCGCCGCAUUGCAUUUAUAUCCCACCAUCUAUGACCACACGACCACGAUCACCCCGCAUGUACUCAUCGCAUUGCUUUCCUUGCAUCAACUGCAUUUGUUCCGUGUUGUCCCUGAGGGACGUUGCAUCCAACUGCAUUAUACAUGUAUCAUAGACGACUACUUCCCACUCGUGUUGUUAUAUAUGCCGACACACUGCCUCGACGGAUAGAGACACAGGCCAGCUUAGUGUGUCCCUGGAUGG